ACAUAUUAUGGUUUUCCAAAUAUGAAUGUACAUUCUCGAGAUUGUAGCUCUUGUACAUCCAAAUUGAGUUUAUGUAAACUCAACUCUUCUGAGCAUACAAUGUUUAUAGAUUACUUAGCUAUGGAAAAUUACAUGGAUUCCCACAUGUCAAUAUUGCGUGGUAAACUUCCACACCCUGGGUCUGAAGUCUGUAGACAGAAUCGCGAACAGAAUAAAGAUUGGGAUGUUUAUUGCCCUGAAUCUAUCACUACCCAACAGGUGCUUUUCAACGAGUACCUCCCAGCACAGAGAGUAUACCCUGAUGUUAUAAUACUGGUGGGUAGCCAACAUGAGACAUUUAGGAGGAACACCAGGGCAUCAUCCAGGGCCCUCACAUGGCUCCUAGACCUCAUAGACCAACGUGUCAAAAACACAACCAGGGUAUUAUUCCUUGAACAAACUACAGGGAAUGACAAUCUUAAGCCAAAUAUUUUUCAAAAGUGGACAGGGGAAUCGAGACUGGAAGCAAUCAGGGAGGAUUCAUUUAAGGUACUUUCUUCCGCAUUGAAAUAUUCUAGUGUCCUGUAUCCAUUCUAUGGAUUGGCAAGUAUAAGCAGAGAUGUCAUUUCAUGGAACAUGGAUGGUGUACAUUAUCAUAAUGAUUUUUAUGAAGCAAUGGUACAUCUUAUAAUAGGUGCUUUGUGAUAGGUUUUACAAACAAACAUUUAACUCAGAGCCCCAAGGGAACUUUUAUGUUCACACAGUGUAUUAACAUAAUAGGACAAGGCAUAAACAAGUCCAAAUGUCACCACCUAGUUGCUCACAAUAUUAUUAGUUCAAACUUAAGUCAGAUUUGAAUUUUUGAGAACUCAGUAGAUGAUUUUGAAAAAAAGGUCAAUUUGAAAGAAAUUUUUUGACCCUGAGAAGGUCAUUGAAGGAGAAAUCUUAUAAGUCAGAUUUGAACUUCUGAGAACUUGAAG